UUUAUGCAUGAGGAGGAGGUUUGUUUUUCUGUUCAGUCUGGAGAGGUCGGCCUCAGAGCUGGAGGAUGCUGCUGAGGUGCUGCAACCAGCCGACAAGGGACAACGUUUAACAUCUUCGGAUGAAACAGGUUAACUCUUUUGAGUGUUCAAUGUGCUUCGAAGAAACAAUAAUCAGAACAUCGUUUUGACCCUGUAGUCUUCACUUCUCCGGCUCAAACAUGAGGGACCGACUGAGCAACCUGCAGGAGAUGCACAGCGACGAAGCCGAGUCGCUGGAGUAUCCCGAGUCCACCAUGUCCGACUCCUUCAGUAAUGUCGACCUGGAAGAAGAGCUGCCCCAUGAGGCAGUCAUCUUUGACAACAGCCCCGAUCUGGACGAUGUCUUUUCUCAGUCCCAGGACAUCCACCGAGAGGUCCAGCUCAUUCGCCUUGAGGUCAAGAGGCUCCGCGAGCAGAACUCCCGAAUGCUCCAGGGUACGACCGCCAUGAGCACAAUCAAAGAGGACUCCAACGCCAUCGGUGCCGACAUAAAGAACAAGGCUGAAGGUGUCCUAGAACGUCUGCACAACAUGGACGGAACGGCCCACAAGCUGGAAGAAAAGCACGGCUCAAACUCUGCCGUCACGCGCAUCGCACGAACCCAGUACGCUUGCCUUAGUAACGGUUUUCGAGACGCCAUGUUUGACUAUAACGAGGCUGAGAUGAGCCAUCGGGAGAACUGCAAAGCCCAAAUCAUGAGGCAGAUGGAGAUCGUGGGGCGUGACGUGACGGACGAAGACCUGGAGGACAUGAUCGAGAAAGGUCAGCUGAGCGUCUUUACUGACAACGUCGUGAGCGAAGGCAAAACGGCCAAAUCGGCUCUGUCCCAGAUAGAGAAGCGGMACCAGGAGCUGAUAGAUUUGGAGAGCCGCAUCAAGGGCAUCCACGAGAUUUUCCUGGACAUUGCUCUGCUGGUGGAAGAGCAGGGCCCCAUGAUGAACUCUAUCCAAACCAACGUUCAGAAAACCGACGCCACCUUACAAGACGCCCUGGUCAAACUCAGCAYGGCUAAACGCCACGACAAAAACAACCCAUUUAAAAAGAUGUUCUGCGGCUGCUUUCCGUGCUACAACUAAAGGACUGGGAACAAGAAACAGGUCAAGGGAUACCGGCAAUUGAAAUGUCUAAAAAGGAAAAUAUGUCUUUGCUCUUAUUGUCACAAAGUAUUUAUGUGGCGGUUGAAGAGUAAAAACAUUUCUCAAGAAAUAAAGUGAAGGCUUUAAAGAACAAAUGAGUCAAGUAACAAAACUGUGGAUCAUGUGUCAAGACAAUUUUAAAUUAUUUUCAUAUAGCUUUUAGAAUUUUAGAGAAUUUAACAUGUUAAACACGGAAACGUUGAAGCCUGAGAAAUACUUUCUGAUGCAAGACAAGGUAACUGAAAUGAUCCUUUUCUUUGUAAUCUCAAAUUUGUUUUGAAGAAAUCAACAGGUUCCACAAUAAAUGGAGCUGAGAUUAUGUGCGCCACCUUUUGAUUGUAAACCUAGUGGCUGCUUUUGUUGGAUACCAUCUGUGGUGUUGUGUAUAUAUUAUAGAAGUAUUAAACAAUGACAUGAGUCUA